AUGCGGAUCUCGCAAGGUCGUGCCACUCAACCCGAAGGGAAGAGGAAGUUGGCCAUGCAGAUCUCGCAUGACCAUGCCACUCUACCCGAAGAGAGGGAGGAGCUUCCCUGUUGCUCCCGCCGCCCCCUUUUCUCCCGCCGCCCCCUUUUCUCCCGCGCCUUCGAUCUAUACAAGCAGAUGCAGCAGCGCCGGGGUAGCAGCAACACCCAGGUGUGUCGGCCAUCCAUAGAGACCUAUUUGAUGCUCCUGGCUGUAGUGCUCCGUCGGAUCAGCAAGCCACCGGUCUCAUACGUGUAUCUCCACUCCGUUCGCUUGCUGGUGCGGCAGAUGAAGUCUUCGGCCAUGAUCUCGGACACCUUCGCGCUCAACCUCAUCAUCAAGGCCUAUGCACGGUGCUUGGAGAUGGAGGAGGCCAUCCAAGUGUUCAGGGAGAUGGGGAUCUACGGGUGCGAGCCCAACGAGUACUCCUACAGUUACAUCGUGCAAGGGCUUUGCCAGAAGGGCUGGUUGGAGAAGGCAAUGAACUACUUCAAGGAGAUGAGGUCGAAGGCACUAGUGCCCACGACGACUAUAUACGUGGCGAUGAUCUACAGCCUGUCAUUGGAGCGGCUGUUAGAGGCGACGGUCGAGGUGGUAUACGAUAUGUUGGAGAACUGCAAGGCACCGGACAUUUUGACCUACCGGACCUUGCUGGAGGAGAUGUACAGGGAGGGGCGAUUGGAGGAGGCAUAUGAUCUGCUGGAGGAGCUCCGAAGGAGGAAGGGCGCCAUGAAAGGAAGGAUGCACUCCGACUUGUUGGCCAGCCUGCACUGGGUCUGCUAG